AUGCGACAGGAAGGCACUUCAGAGCUCUAUGACGAAGCGGAGGAGGCUGAAUCGCCACAUCACGUACAGGUUCCCUCUUCAAGCAGCCCAUCUAGGCUCAUGGGCAACGGGGGAUCUCAGCUGAAGCGGCGGCUGCAUGUAAGAGUAGGAGCCUCAGCAAUAAAGGCUGCAACACAGACAAUGAGUCGCAGCUCCCCUCCUCGUUUCUCAGUCCCGGCGGCUGCUGCCUCUGGGGCCCCCCCCUCGGGGGGCCCUCAGUUUUCUUACCCAACAAAUGAGGAUAUGCAAAUAGCCCGGAGCAGCUUUUUGCAGCUUGCAGCUGCAGUUGAAGCGGCAGCAAAGUCCAAAAGCGUUAGCAGCGCCGUUGAAGCGCUCAAGUGGUCUCUCAAGGGCCUCCAGGAUGUAGCUCGAUUACUCCUCGUCCUGAUGCAGCAACAGCAACGAUGCAGGGUGCUUCUCUCGCAAGCGGUCUGGUCUGCGGCAGCUGCGAAAGUUGCAGCUGCAUGCAACAGCUACAUCAGCGAAUUCCUCCCCCAAAUGUUGCUGCUCUACACGGCAGAGGUCCAGCUGCAGCAACAGCAAGAACAGCCACCCAUGCAGCAGCAAACGCAGCAACAAAUGCAGCAACAAAUGCAGCAAAUGCAGCAUAUGCUGCAGCUGUCCAGGGAGCUGCAGCUGCUGCAGCUGGACUUAAUGCAGAAGCUGCUGCAUCAAGAACCAAGAACAGCUCCACUGUGUGCUGAAGCAGUUGCCCGUAUCCUCGACAUGCACCGAGGAGUGUGGGGCACCAGCAGCAGCACGCAGAGCAGCCGCUUGGCGGUAGUUACAGCGGCGUACGAUCUGUUGCAGGCCUGUGGAUCGGCAAUGUUGCAGGAGACACUUGCUGCAGCAGGUAGACUGAGCAGCAGCGGUACUGCCGCAGUGUUGGAAUAUAUUGGUGGAGCAUCUGCUUGCACACGAGGUUUCGCGGCUCUCAACAGCAUCCGCUCACAAGUCCACGACUCGCUGCUUCGCCUCCCCUUGCUGCUAGCCCCUGCUGCUGCUGCUGCCGCUGCUGCUGCUGAUUCGGCUGCUCCGAGUCUAUCUGAGGAGCAGCUGAAUCAGCAGACGCGCGCUGCAGCAGCAGCCCGCUGCAUGCGGAGCUGCCUCUCCGUAAUUUCAUCGUGGGCAGAAGUGCUCCACGCAGCGGCUCAGCAGACGCACUCUGCCGCUGCAGCCGCCAGCAAGGGGCAGCAGCAGCGGCAGCAGUUGUCGCUGACGUCAGACACCGCAUCCAUGCAUGCAGAGCAGCUGCUGCGAGACACCGCUGCCGCGUGGGCAGAGGCGGACUCGCAACUGCUGCUCCAGCUGCUCUUGCAGCUGCCUCAUACACAUGCAGAGGCGUCGUCAGCUCACGCUGCUCCUACAAGUUCAGGGAGCCUCGACACUCCAGCAGCAGCGCAUGAUUCCCCAGGAAACGGAGAAAGCUGGAAUUCUUCGGCACCCGCAGCACCAGCAAGGGGAGCUAUUAACCCUCUCGUGUAUGGCGAGGUGCUGCAGACGGUGACGUGGAUCUGCAGUCGCGUGCCUCAGCAGCUCCGCUACUUCUUGCAUCCCCUCAUUCAGACAGCGGAAGUGUUGCGAAAGACGCAUCAGAGAGCUGCUGCUGCAGGGGCGGCGUCGGCCUCUCCAAAAGCGGCAGAUUCCUCGAUGUUGAGCGACACUUGGCCGGCAGGAGUGCCUGCUGCUCCCGACGGGAAAGGCUGCGGAGUCCACUGUGCUGCAGAGGCAGCAGUAGCGUGUGGCGGUGCAGAAGCAGUGCAUGCGCUCUUGCUGCUCUUGCAGCGGGAAGGGCUGAGGCUUCUGGCUUCGCCCCGUUGUACUCCAACGGCAGGUCUGCUGCUGAUCGAAGCCGCAGGCAGGAAGGCGUCUGCUCGUUUGCUGCAGCGAGAAGCAACAGCAGAAUUCCAGGCUAUGUGGAUACAGAAUGAGGAAGGCAGAAGGAGCUGCUCCAGCCUCGCUGGGACUGCCGCCGCUGCAACUGAGGGUGCUCUUUCGAAGAAGCGGCGCGUUGCUGCCAGCCUGGCCAGUCAAAUCGGAGUAAACAGCAUUAGCGUGCCAGCGGAACUGAGUGUAGAUGCGGACACUACUGCAGCACGCGCAGUCGCAGCUGCAUGCAGCGCCAUGGCUGCUGCCUCCCGUGUUGUCGUUGUUGCGGAGACGGACAGAGGGGCCUGGCGGGCGGAGGAGCAGCAAGUAGAUGCCACUUCGCUGCUGGUAGAGGCUUACAAUCCGCAGAGGCUGACGUCGCUCCUCAUACAAGGCCUGCAGCGAAGCAGCAGCGGCAGCAGCAACAGCGGAGUUGCUGCACGCGCAUGCGCGCCAGUAAUGGACUUGCUGCAAGCGGCGGAGGCUAAAAUACGGCAGGGAGACUCGAGUAACCACCGCGCUCAUGAGUCUGCUGCUGCACAGGGAUCUUCCAGGGGGAAAGGCCAAAUAUCCCUGCCAUCUCUCUUCGAAGGGUCUUUGCCUGAAGAAGAUCUCGAAGCCGAGGGGAGUAACAGCGACCAUGCCUGUGAAUUCCCGCAUCUUGUGCAUCCUGCGGAGUCGUACAUGAAGCUUCUUGCUGCACAAGUUCUCAGUAGUCCUCUGCCGGAACGUCUGGCAGGCAGCAAUGCAUACGCAGACCGCCUCUCGUUCCUUCAGUGGAGACAGCAACUCUUUCUGCGGCUGGUAGAGCGAACUGCAGAGCCUAUGAGGAUAUGGGCACGCGUUCUUCAGUGCAUGCAUGCGUUUUGCCCGUCUGGCUGCUCCCCCUUGAAGGCUUUUCGAGCAUCCGAAGCGGUAGUGUGGCAACGAGUCCGAAGUAUGCCGAGGCAGCACUGCCAUCGAAAUGCUUUCACCGGUGCUGCAGCCGAUGCUGCUUUUUCUCGUGUGAAGGACGAUGCCUUCAAGGUCUCUCUGCAGACACCUUUAUUCGUGCUGCAGACGCAUCUGGCUCUGGCUCUUGACCUUCUUUUCUUCCUCUCAAGCCGAAGCUGUAAAAGUCACCUCCAGAGCAAGCACCAGCAAGCGUCGACAGCAGUGUUAGCAGCAGGCUCUUCUCCCCUGACCUGCUCGCUUCUAGGGAAGCUGCCAGAGGGCGUGGAGGGAUGGGAUUCUUGGAGUCUUUCAAGAUCUUCACAUAGCCUCUCUCCCAUGAGCGACUACGAAAAGGCUUUCGGGGAGUGUAUCUCCAAGGCAUACUGCCAGGAACUUUUGGAUGACACGAGCCUUCGAGCUGCAUACAGUCAGCUCAUUGGACGCUUCCUUGUGGCUGCUCCUCUGGUACCCCCUUCGGCUUUUGCGCUGCUCGCGUGGCUAGCGGACGGGCCGCCUCCAGCAGCAGUGGUGGCUGCAGCAGCAGCAGGAGCAGCGCUUGAGAAGCAGCAACAACCUGCCGAAACGAAUGCUUCGACGACAACUGACACGGGAGACAAGGCUGCCACGACAACAGCGAUGCAGAUCUGCGAGCAGGAGCAGGAGCAGCAACUCCAGCAGCAAAACUCGUACGCAGGAUAUUUGGCUGCGGCGUGCGGUUUAAGCGAAAGCCGCAGCGGUAAGGCCUUGGCUAAUGACAGAAGGCUGGUGGUUGCUGCUAUAUCCCAAGUUAUUCGGAGAAAGAACGCCCCCAUCUCUCGACGGAGCGCUUUCACGCUGCUAAUGCGGCUGUGCCACGUGGGGUCUCCUGGCUGCCGACGCCUCUUCUCACGCCUGUUUGCUUCGGCGAAGGGGACGUACACCCCACCCAAAGACGCUUGGCAGCACCAAAGACUGAGAGAUAUCUUGCUGCAAAGCACGAUUUCCGAAGCCGCCGCAGCAGCAGCAGCCAUGGACGAAGCAGCAGCAGCGCAGAGCGCCAUCAAGUGCCCUGCGGGGACGCAGCUGUGGCAGAUGCCUGCGCUACUCUUGCACCAGGCAGGGUUAACUACUACCACUGCUACUACUGGUACUAGUACGCAAGAGCAGCAGCAACAGCAGCGAGACGAUGGUGUAGCGGUAACACCUGCUGCUGUUGCCGCUGCUGCUGCUGCCGACGUCGCCGCUGCAGAAGGAGCAUCGGGGAGUGCAGUCUCUGCGGAAGAACUCCACGGCUGGGGUUCCCCCGAAGUAUUCUCCGGUCGUUGGGUCGAAGAGGUGGCGUCUCUUAUUUAUGCAUCCUCGGGAGGGCGAAAGGCUGUGGAAUCGCUCACGGCUCUCAUGCGUGUCAACGCUUUUCCGGCUGCCGUUGCUGCUACAGUGCUGCGGGACGUUGCUGCUGCUGCAGAUGCUGGAGAAAAGGCGGCUGCUGCUGUUGCGGUGUCUUGGGCUGCGAAAGAGGCAGCCGAAGCAGUGGACGGAGGCGCGGGGGCGUCCUCAGUUGCUGCAGAGAAGAGUGCAGCUGCGCCUGGUGGAGAAGAAGCAGGAGCAGCAGCAGCAGCUGCUGCUGCUGCCUUGACUAAGGCAAAGGCGGCAGCGGCUGCCGCAGCCUUCGAUAUGCGCAGUGGCGUAUUUGCUGUUAUCGCUGCAAGAAAUCCUUUUUUGCUGCACCUGCUGCUGCGGGUUGCCGUCUUCUGUACAGACACUGCGAUGUUCAAGCACCACGAGCAGCUGCUUCUGCAGGCAAAAUCACCAAGAGGCACCAAUUGUGACGGAGCUGUGUGUUUCUGUGCUGCUGGUGCCGGUGCAGAUCGUCGCGCAGAUCAACGAUUUACACCACCAGGUGUAUCCGCAGCUAAUUGA